CUGAUUUAAUUUUAGAUUUUAAAAUAAAUGAGUAAAGUAUAAUGUAGUGGAAGAUGUCAUUAACUCGUGUGAAAGUACGGACUUCUUCAGAGACAUGUGCUGAUUGCAGUGCAGCAGGGCCAGAAUGGGCAUCUAUAAACCGUGGUGUACUUAUCUGUGAUGAAUGUUGUAGUGUUCAUAGAUCCCUUGGAAGACAUAUAUCACAAGUUCGUCAUCUACGCCUGGCUCCAUGGAAUACUUCUCUUUUUGCUAUGACUCAAAAUUUGGUAAGCAAUGGUGCAAAUUUAAUUUGGGAACAUUCGUUGACUGAUGCAAGUAAGGGAGUAGCAAUUGGAAUUCGAAAACCUAAUCCUAACGAUAAUGUUCACCCAAUUAAGUCAAACUUUAUAAAAGCAAAGUAUCAAUUACUUGCAUUUGUGCAUCGUCUACCGAAUACAGAUGAUAAAUUGUCUGUGGUUGACUUAAGUAAGCAACUUUACUCAUCUGUGCGAACAGGUAACCUCGAAACAUCACUUCGAUUAAUUUCAUUGGGAGCUCAAACAAAUUAUUUUCAUCCUGAAAAAGGUAAUACACCAUUACAUGUAGCAGCUGCUGCUGGGCAAGCAACACAAUGCGAACUUCUUGUAGUACAUGGUGCAGAUGCUUCUGCGCUGGAUAUUAAUGAGAAGACUCCAACUGUUGUUGCCAUCGAAAAUGGACAUACUGAACUUGGCUUUAGACUAAUUGAAACCAUGUAUGAAUUAACUGAUCGCUUAACAUUUUACUUAUGUGGAAGGCGUCCUGAUCACAGAAAUGGGAUAAACUAUCUGAUUCCUGCUCUUCAAGAUCGUGGUAUAGAUGCUUCUUCAUCAGCAAAAGAAGCUCGUUGUAAACUACAAUCUUUAAACAAUCGUUUAUUUGAAGAACUUUGUUCAGAUGUUUAUGAUGAAGUAGAUCGACGAGAAAAUGAUGCUGUAUGGCUAGCCACUCAGCAUCACAGAAAGUUGGUCAGUGAUACUGCAGUUCCCUUCCUUCCAGUUAAUCCUUCAUUUUCAUCUACAAGGAACCAGGGUAGACAGAAAUUAGCUCGUUUCAACGCAUUAGAGUUUGCAACACUCAUUGUUGAUAUUUUACAUGAUGCAAAGAGGCGAGAAGGUCUAAAUGUUGAUUCUAACAGCCAAUCAGCAGGAAUAGUUGAAAAAUUAAAACCCAUGGUUGACCCUGAUUAUGAUGAAAUUAUGGAAGAUAACAAAGAACAGGCUACCAGUGAUGAUGCUUCUUCUUUAACAACUAUUAAUGAUGAAGCUUUCAUCGAUACUAACCGAACUUUGCUAACUAAUUCUACUGAGCUUGGUUGUAAUCCACUAAUAAAUAAUGAGGGAGCAUAUGACCACAGAGAUUAUGAUGAUCCACAAGAUUGUGACUCUAAAUCAUACAAGGGAAAAUUUCAAGAACUAGAGGAACAAAACCAUAGUUUAGGACAAGAAGUCAAUCUUUUGCGAUCUAUGGUUCAAAAGUUAAUGCAGGAGAAUGCAUCACUUCGUGCUCAAGUUGCACAAUUAAAAUUUGAACGAGAUGACUUUGAGCAACGUGUUGAUCCUAAUAAGUAUGAUCGUACGAAGACAUCAUCACAAAAAACUGAAGCUCAUCCAAAUCCAUCGGUACAAUCAUAUUCAAUAAAUAAUAGGGAAGAAACGACUAAUGAUACAAAAUCACCUGGUUAUUCAGAUAAUCGAAAAUUAGAUGCCAAAGAUCGAAACUAUAAUGAAUCAGAAGAAGAUUCUGCAGAUCCUUAUCGUAGUACAGAAGAUGAUAUAGAUUUUCAACAAGAAAUUGGUCCUUCACAAGAAGACAUUGUUAAUGCUACAGAACAAAUUACAAAGAAAAUUCAAGAGUUACUUUUAGCAGCUCAAAAUGGACGAAGCAGUAGAUAUGUACCUUGUUCAAGUAAUAUAUCUGCAGCUGUAAAUGAUAUGGCUAACUUAUUUCCGAAGCAUCCUAGCGCUGAAAGUGUUCGCAUGGCAUUGCGUUUGAUGAUAACAAGUGCAGCUAGAUUACAAGUUGAAUGCAGGAGUAGUGCUUUGCCUGAAAGAAAUGUUGAUCAAGCUAUGUUAACUCAGCAAGUCAUUCAAUGUGCAUACGACAUUGCUAAAGCUGCAAAACAUCUUGUUACAACAUUCAACUCCGCUUGAUUUAAUAUCUUAGCAACACUCAAACCAUUUCUAAUUGUAAAUACAUAUCUUUCUAUUUUGAAAAUUUUAUUUGAAUAUUUCAAGACAAAAGUAAGCUGGUAAAAGUUUCCAAUUAUUGAGUAGAAGACUGGUAGUAUUUUUUGAAAAAAGUAAUUCAAGAGUCUUUUUCUCCUUUCGUUUUUACAAAUUCUUUAUCAUUAGUUAUUUUUACUUGUUUUUGUUUUUCUAUCUUUCAAUAAAACACCUUUGUUUUAUGGUUUUUUGAAAUUUUCAACUAAAAUCUCCAUUUUUAAAAUCACUUUUUAAAAUAGUUUUUUGUUUUUGUUUUUAAAUUAAGUUUGACGUAAAAUGCUACCUAAUAGUUAAUUAAUUUAGUUUUUUUUUAAAUCAACUUUGAAGUAGUAUACUACCUAAUAAUUUAUUUAGUUAACAUAAACUAUAACUUAAAACAUAGGCACAAAUAGUGAAGUUAUGAAUUUUCUAAUGUUAAUAAAUAUUUGUUUAUUUGUAUCAUAAUAACGAAAUAAUUUUAUAUAAAAA